AUGGGAGAGCCACGAGAAAAUACGGAAGAGGAGGCUGAGAAAGCGGAGAAAGAAGAACCUAUGGAACCAAAAGAACAGGAAGAACUGUUGCUUCAAAUAAUGAAGCAAAGUGAGUACGACAUGGCUCUUGAAUUACAAGAAACCACCUCCAGAAAUGAAGAGGCUACGGCUAUGGUAGCCAAGGUGAUGCUGAAGAAUGGGUAUGAAAUGGGCAAAGGGUUAGGUGCUACAUUACAGGGGAUUGUCGAACCUAUACCAGCUAUCCAAAAGGUUGGUCGUUGUGGUUUAGGUUAUGAGGAAGACGCCCUCGUGGAUGGAUGA